GUCUGGCGGACAUAAAAUCGCAAUUCAACUUCCAAGCAGGCGCUUCAGCCAAACGUUUAACCCAGACCGAGAACUUCGGCAUCCACGUCUGAUAGUAAUCCGCAAACUAUGAGCCGACUUUUAUCCCGUCGUCGUAACCACGCUGACGACCUUUCAGAGGAAGGCUCCGAUGGUCCUGAUCUGAGUGGUUCGGACGAGGACUACUCAGGAAACGAGAGUGAUGACGUGAGCGAGGCGGUGACAGAAUCUGAAGAGGAGGAGGAGGAGGAGGGUGAAGAGGAAGGCACGGAAGGAAAUGGGGUACCUCCGGGUACGCUGUCCGAUGGGGACGCAUCUAAGGAGGGGGAACUAAAAUCACGUAGGACAUUGGAUAGCGAACGACAGUUUGGGGUAGAAGGUGACGAGCAAGGGGGUUCAAGAAAAGCAGGUAUGGCGGGUGCAGGUAAUUCUACGCUGGGAGACGAAGACGAAGAGAUUGAGUACGAGGACGAUCGCUCGGAUCAAAAAGUCGGCACCAAAGAUGGACGGGAAAAGGGAAAGGAGGCAGCUGCGCGACAGUCGCUGGGUACGAGUUUUGAAAAAAAGCAGAAAGACAUGGACGAGUACCGCCGAAAACUACGCGAAGAUCCAUCAUUUACUCCUAGCAUUGGAAAAUUCUGGCUACAUGAUGACCGGUUUGCUGGAAGGGGACGGGGGAGAGGCGGAUUCAGAGGUCGCGGCCGACCCUUUGGUCGUUCACCUGGUUACCGCUUGCCUGCUCCCUCAGAACAGAACUCAAAACCUCGCGCCCCAGUGGAAUCAGACGUCGAAGUUCCAGAUCUAUCUCGCGGAAUAUCUAAUAGUUACAGAGAAAUGACUCCACCCCGUAAAGUAUAUGAUCCAUCAGUGGCUGAUCCAACGGAGAAGAAAUGGGUACAUGAUAAGUUCGAAGAACUUGCAAACAACGAUCCAGGAAAGUUGCGACAUAGGAAAAGCUGGACUCCGCGUGAUAGUGAGACGAUGCGAUCCACCUUUAGGGUAGGAGAGCACGCAGUCACCAUCACAAAGAGGAAGUCUACACCUGAUUUCAAAGCUAGCAAAGAACUGGCGGAGGAGCGGAAUCAAGAAGGAGGGAAGCUCAAUGGAAUCUCUGCGGCACUAUCACCGGCGAGUCAGAAGGCAAAACACCCAACGCAACGCUAUUACACGGUCGGCAGUGGCGUGGGCGGACGACCUGCAGUGGAUGAAACAGGAGAUCAAGCUCCACGUCAGAGUAAACGAUAUCUCGGUGCGUCGCGAACUCAGUCCCGCCCAGAUCAGCCUGCGAAUGAUGUUGAGAAAGUAGAAAAGCACACCGGCAAUGAUCUUAAAAAGGCGGUGGAUGCCCCCGAAUUUCAACCUGCUGUGGCCACGUCAGUUUCGUCCCAUACAACAUCGGAUCCAUCAUGGAGUGAAGGCCGGCACAAACAAUCAACUAAAAAUCGAUAUAAUAAGACAUAUCCCAAAUCAGCAUCGCCCUACGAUCAGCCGGCGGAAGCUGUGGACAAUGUACCAUACGCGACGCUAUCGGCGGCCAGCGUGGGGCAACCGGAUCCGACGACCAUUACGAUACAUCCUAUGAUGACGAGCUCUGGGCAAAUCGUAUUAAUGACUGAAAACGGGCUAAUGGUCCCCGCGGAUGGCUAUGCAAGCAAUUACAUGUACCCUCAAGCGUAUCAAAAUUACUCAUAUGUUCCCCAAGCGCAAAACCCGGCGACGCCAGAAGGUCCCGGAUCGAGUGCGGCUUCUGCAACACCUGCUUUCGCAUAUUAUGGACCGGGAGGACAACUAUACUACGCCCCUUCCAUGUUCCCCUCAGCCAUAAAUGCAUCCGUUCCUCCAGCGAUGAUGGGUGCUAUUAGUGCACCCGUACCAUUUUACUCGAACGGCAUGUACAUUCCACAAGCGAUGUCAAUGCCAAUGUCAGUUGGACCUGUCAUAAGUGGGCAGGCGAUUCCUGUUGAUGUCAAAUCAUCGCCAUCCGUACCUGUGCGAAUUCGUCGACCAGAUGACGCGGAGAGUGAAGGCAAGCGGGUAGGCAACGAAGCUGAGAAAACUACUGGCGCGAAGACAGCGGAGACAACUGCCUGAGUGCUUUGUAGCUGGGGAGCAUCUGUAAAGGACUAUGAUAUGGAGUUAUGUAACUCAUGUAGGCCUAUUGGUUCAGCGCUGUAUGCGGUGAGAGAGAUUCGGCCACAGGGCAGAAUCAUGGUGCUGAUACUCGCUUUUGCUGUAGUUGACCGUCAGAGCGCAAUAGACAUACACAUGGAUGCCGGUCUUCCCCUAAUUACCCACUCAUAGAUCCACACUGAUAUUAAAAGGUGUAUUCCAGUUAUUGUUCAUUACAUGGUUAUUCU